GGACUAAAAAGACAUCUAACCGUGAUCACAUCGUAGAUUAGUUCGCGUAAAUAUGGUGAAAAUAUUCAAACACAAAUUUCUAGCUACUGGUGAAAGUAGCAAAAUUUGAUAUUGAAUAAAUUCAAUGGCCACCAGAUGACGUGAUGACAUUGUUGAGUACUGUCAUAUCCUUUGGCUAACCAGAAAAAAUACCAAACCAAAGCGUAAACACGAUACGCCUGCUUGGCAACGAAAAAUGUGUUUCUUUUCCCCUUCGGGUAUCCAGGUGCAAACAACAACAACGUGUUUGUUGUCGCAGGACUAGCGACGACGAUUCCACAGGCUAUCACGCAACGACCGCGAACUGACAAAUCGUGUUCGUCGUUCGUGCGUUGCAGACAUCGAAUCGUGUCCUCCUCUAUUCAACUGAUUCAACUACAAUGAGUAAUUUAAAGGAUGAUGAGGAUUUUGAAGCUUCGAUGAGCAAGGUGGACGAAGUUAUGCGGAUGCUCAACAUGAUGACCAGCGGGGACAAAAACAAGGAACAGAUGGGGCUUGCAUUCGCUGAACAAUUUCUAGGCGAAGAUAAAAAAGAGUUGGAGAAAAUUGAUGAAAAUAAUUUCAUAGUUCGUGUGAACCAAGAGCGCACAGUGAUCAACAAAAAGGACGACGAUUCGUUGGACAGGCCUACGGCGGAUAAGUUUGCCUUCAUGGCCGAAAUCGAACGCGACGCAGCUAGACGUGCGUCGGAACGCAAAGAACGAGAACAGACGGCUCAGGGGUUGAGGCGAGCUGGUAAUCGUGCUUUCCGGGAGGGCAAAUACGAGAAGGCAAUCAGCAUGUACACGAAGGCGAUAGAUUAUAUUCGCGACAGUCCAAUUUUGUAUAACAAUAGAGCACUGGCCUACAUCAAGAUUGAUCUGUGCAAACGCGCGAUAAUAGAUUGCGACUUUGUAAUCAGUAAGCUGGAUGAGAAAAACCUGCGUUCGUGGAUUUACAGAGCUCAGGGAUACUACCGGCUGGGGGAGAUGCGCCCAUACGAAAAGAGUAUCAAUGAAGCGAAGAAGAAUAAUCCCAAGGAGUUGGACUAUAUCGACCGCAUUGUGCUAGAAAUUGAGGGGAAAACCGCUAUGGAAGGGGUCGAGUCUGAGGAAGCGGAAACCACGGACGCGGAGGCAGGUGGAGAUGUCACUUUAAGACCCUUACCGAUGGAUGAUGUACAAUCAAUUUCUUCUAAUGACUCAAAAUAGGCUUUUUUUUGCGCAAAAUGCUACAGGUUUUUUCGUGACCAAAAUAAAGCAAUUACUUUCAGCAAAUCAAGUCGCUGACAAAUGAGUGAGCAAGCUUAUUACGUAGUGUACAUCAGUCACCAUGAGGAUGCCCAGUGGCGGGUAGUUUUAUUGACAAAACUUUCUUCAUUUUCAAACUCACGAAGUACAAGGAAAGCAGGUAGUAGCAGCAGAAGGGCAGUAGAGCUUUCCUGUGCAGGACAGAAACUGCAAACCGCAUACUAGACGUGCUGUGGUUUGGUAAUGCCUUCGGGCACGUAAACUGCACACUGCGGAAAAGUGGGUACCUACUUAAAUAGCAAUAAAACGAUUCAACUGACGGUUUACAUGAUGUUUGUCGUGAAAGAAAUAUUGAUAGUUAAAGAUUAGAUAGUUUUAGGAUUGUUCGUGAAAUAAGUGUACUAGAGAAAACGAAACGUUAGCAUGAGCAUGAGGUAUAAUAAUCAUACAAAUUAAGUUAUUAAAUGACUUACCUAGAAGUAGUAGCACUCCAAGAAACGAUACGCAGGAGUACAAAAAUGGCAGAUGAUAUUUUCCUAAAUCUAAAAAUUUGAAUUUGGUUGGAUUCAUUUCACUUUGAAAAGGUGAUGCAAUACUUACUAAACAGCGCCUGGAAGGUACUUCUGUCGGGAUCACGGAGCGCUGAAAUGACGUACGUCAUACCGAACACGAUGAACGCCAGCAGAGAGAACACGGUGAAGGUCUCGUAAACCCGUGCCAUCACGCCUUUCUUAUGGCCACUGAAGCCAGACGACUCGGUGAACAAGUAGGAGAAUGGUAGUAGUACAAACAGUGCCAGAUUGGAGAACAGAAACACAUGAUUCCAAAGACCUAAAGACGAUGCAAAUGCACAAAUGAUGAGUGGUUUCUAGCUUGUAAUUUCCAUCGAGACCCACCUUGAAUCAGUGAACUGUUGAGCCACUUCACGUAGUAGCUGUUGGGGUACAAUAUCAGCACUUCAUUGCUGGCGAUCGAUAUCGGUAGGAGCAAUGCCGCACCCAAUGCUAUGGCCAGGGAAAAAGUGCACAACCAUAAACUGUAACAAUAUGAAAAAAAAAAUUAAUCAAAAUGCAAAAAUGAUUACACAAGCGCUUGUAAAUGGACCGUAAAGAUGUGUUCCUGAUACACCUCUGAUUACGAAACUUAAAUGCAAUGAUGCAUGAGGAAAAAUAAAAUUUAAGGUGAUUCUACAUAAACUCGGGAUAAUUAAAUCUGAACUAGUGUGAGUUAAACUUAUGUGUGAAACAUAUUGCAGUGCAUUCCGAACUGUCAAUGAUGUCUUUGCUUAUUGAAGCACAACAAUUGUUAACCAAAACUAUUUGUCUAUUCGAAACGAUUUCACACAAAGUUGUGCUAUGCAUAGAGUCAUGCGGGGCAAAAGUUUUGUCGUAAUUUUCAUGACUUCUUCAAGGAUCGCAACUUAUUCGUGUUAGACUGAUAGAGUAUGAGGCGAGAUAACUCUAAAAUGAUGGCGGAAAAAGGCAAAAAAGUCAGGAAGAUGAUCUAAUUCAUUUGUCAAGCGCGAAUUCUUGUCCCGUACGAUGUGAGCUUUUACUUGGUCAGACCGGUCUUAAACUACGAAGCAAAAUUUGAGAAAAUCACGCUAAACACGCUUCGAAGGCAUGAUUCACAUGUACGACGUUGUAACGAAACCAGUUUUGUUGUUUCGAAAACAGUUAAAUAUAUACUUUUAUCCCGCAUUACUCUAGUUGUUCUGUGCGUUCAGUUUACAUCAAACAAUAAGGUAAAGAACAUUUUUUUCUGUUCUACAUACCCAGAGCCGGAUUUACGAUUGUGGGGGCCCGGGGCCCAGUUUACAGUGGGGGCCCCAAAAUAAAACAAACCCGUUUUUUUAUCGUACGAGUUAAAAACAUUUAUUUGUUAUUGAAAAGUUGCCAAAAAUUUGCUAGAUUUUAUUUACGAGUUUUUUUGCAGAGAACUUAUUGAUUGAAUAAUCAACAUUCAGCUCCUUCAUAAUAUUGUACUCUCAACUUAACAAUGCUAAGUUUGACAGCCUUUCCCUCUUCAUAGUCGUACGCAACCUAUUUUCAACCAGUUUCAUCUUUGAAAAAGGCCUUUCUCCAGUUGCGUUCGAGAUCAUUAGGCUCAAAUAAAUCCUUAUAUAAAAUAAUUUUUGCAAGGCACUAACGAGUUUUUGAUUGCUUUCUUCAUGUAAUCAUCUUUUUUGAGCUCCACUUUGAUAUACGCGGGGUUUUGUGGUGACACCUCAUUUUGAAUAAAUGUAAUAAUAAAUUCGGUUCUUGCUCACUGUUUAUAGCCAGAUCUAACUGUCGAAUGAUUUGGACCAGAGGUUCCAGAUGUUUUCGAAAGAUGUCUGCAACUGCUCGAAAUCCGGAAUUUUUUUCUUGAUAUCUGAAAAAACCUAUCGCAAUUUGAAAAAAAAAAUGCGAUCCGCAGGCAAAAAUUUGCACACAAUUUGAGUAAGACUGCGCAAAUAUAAGGCUACGCUGGCAAUAAUCUACAGAAACUAGGAAAAAACUACACACAUCUGCAGGUCAAUAAAAUCUGCACACAGACUCUGAAAAUCUGCAUUUUACAACGCAAAUCCGGUAUCCCUGAUUCGGACAGGUAAACUUAAUUUCGGAAUCAAGAGCAAUGCAUUUAAAAAACUUGUGGAUUAUGUAUUUUCUCUCCUGCUCGAUCUCCCAUGCGCGCUGGUUCGAUUCAAAUGGUGUGUUAAUGUGUGUCAUUCCAAGUGAAUCAAAGGAUCUUAUGGAUGUAGUUGUGAUAUUGGCGCUCGCGAAAAAAAACAACACUGAAGAAAAAUUUCAGAUUGAAAUGGUCUGUUCAAAUUUUCUUGCUGUAAAUUGAACUUUUGAUUGAAUCUCAUUUUUGAUAGAGAAAAGAACUUUUUCUCGUUUUGUGGGGGCCCCAAAAAUGUGGGGGCCCGGGCCCCCUGGGCCCCCCCUUAAAUCCGGCUCUGUACAUACCUAAUCCUAUAGACGGUAAUUUCGUCGUCGUCUGUGGAAAACAAAUCCUCCCGGUCGCGUCGUCUGAAACGAUUGAUUAGUGCAAAACUGCCUAGAUAAAGGAGCAGAAACAGCAGCAAAAAUAUCUGUGGAAUAGGAGAGAUAGAAAAAGAAAUUAAUGGUUAGUAAACUUGCGCAAUUUUUGUUACAUCGUUACAAUUGUUUGAAUUCAUUGUUCGCGUUGCGUUGAUUUAUAACACAAUACCAUGAAAGAAGCAGCAAAUCGAAUUGUACAAAGAUUGCUUUCUUCUGCUAUCUAUCUCUUCACGCUACACACCCAGCAGCGGCAAAUAUAUACAAUUCGUUAACCCAGGAAUAAAGCGGCUCAACACCCUAUCACGUACUUGCAGUGUUUAGGUCUAUUUCUGUUUAAAAUUAAAGUUCAAUGUGUGAAGUUCGGUAGCACAAUUACGCUAAUCACCUACCAGUUGCUAAGUGCGUGCCAUGAAUGAGUUUAAUUACGCAUUAAGCAACGUAGAGGAGUGACAGAAAUUACCGUUCUCAAAAACACUGUAGCCGAGUGUUCUAAGCCAUUAGAACUAGCUGUGUAUUAAAAGAUUAAAACAUGAUGAAGACACAUAAUGCUAUAAAAACUGCAGGAUCAUCAAACAAAGCAAGUCGACUACGAAGAUUAUCUCACAUUUACUCAUGUCUCACGAGAAAACCCCGAAGAGGAUUUUCUUGUUUUAGAAAAUGUGUGUAUUCAAAGCCAAUAGAAUAAAAUUUUUGCUGUAAACUAAGAUCAGUCCUAAGU